AUGCCCUCCUCCUCUCCGCUUUUCCUCCUCCUUCUGUUGCUCCCCCGCAUUCCUCCCUCCGCAGCUUCUCUCCUCCGAUUAUGGCGGCCGCAGGAUGCCGUUUUGCAUGGCACAAAAGGCUUCUGGGGACGUGUUUGGGAGCAUAAUCGAUGUGCCUCUUCAUUUUCCGUCCAUCCAAACACGCCCCAUUUUGUUCAUAAUAUGCUUGACCUUAACUCCGAACUGAAGCAACUUGUGAAAUGUUGUCAACUGCAUAAAGCAAGGCAAAUGUUUGAUAAAAUGCCUCACAGAGAUGAGGUUUCAUGGACCACAAUAAUAGCUGGUUAUGUCAAUUCUUCAUACCCUUUUGAAGCGUUGAUCUUGUUCUUAAAUUUGUGGAUCCAGCCUGGUCUUCAAAAAGACCAGUUUAUGAUUAGUAUUGCACUCAAGGCUUGUGCUCUUGGCAUGAACAUAUAUUUCGGGGAAUCACUGCAUGGAUUUUCUGUGAAGUCAAGUUUGGUAGACUCGGUAUUUGUCAGCAGUUCACUAGUGGACAUGUAUAUGAAAGUAGGCAAAGUAGAGCAUGGUUGCAAAGUCUUCGAAGAAAUGGAAACCCGAAAUGUGGUAUCGUGGACGUCCAUUAUUGCGGGGCUUGUUCAUGGUGGUUAUAGUAUAGAGGGAUUAUUGUACUUCUCUGAAAUGUGGAGAUCAAAAGUGGGUUGUGAUUCAUAUGCAUUCGCCAUCGCUUUGAAAGCAUCUGCUGAUUCGAAUUCUUUAGAUUGUGGGAAAGCUAUUCACACACAAACAAUAAAACAAGGGUUUGAUGAGAGCUUGUUUGUGAUUAACACCCUUGCUUCCAUGUAUAAUAAAUGUGGAAAACCAAGUUAUGUCAUGAGAUUGUUCCAAAAAAUGAGGAUGCCAGAUGUAGUUUCAUGGACAACCCUUAUUACAACAUAUGUGCAGAUGGGAGAAGAAGAGAAUGCAGUGGAUGCAUUUAGAAGGAUGAGAAAAUCAGGGGUUAGUGCCAAUCAAUACACUUUUGCAGCAGUAAUUUCUGCAUGUGCGAAUCUUGUUGUUAAAGAAUGGGGCCAGCAGAUACAUGGCCAUGUAUUGCAUCUAGGUCUGGUGGAUGCCUUGUCAGUGUCGAAUUCCCUCAUUACACUUUAUUCGAAAUGUGGGAUGUUAACUUCGGCUUCAAUGGUGUUUUGUAGUAUGGCUAUAAAAGAUAUUAUUUCUUGGAGCACUAUAAUUGCGGUUUAUUCUCAAGCAGGUUAUGCAAAAGAAGCUUUUGACUAUCUAUCAUGGAUGAGAAGGGAAGGGCCAAAACCGAAUGAAUUUGCUCUUGCUAGCUUGCUUAGUGUGAGUGGAAGCAUGGCGCUUCUUGAGCCUGGGAAGCAGGUGCAUGCUCAUGUCCUAUGCAUUGGCCUGGAUCAUGAAGCAAUGGUUCAUAGUGCACUAAUUAGUAUGUAUUCAAAAUGUGGGAGUCUAAAAGAAGCUUCUAAAGUAUUUGAUGGGACUAAAACUAAUGACAUUAUAUCAUGGACAGCCAUGAUCAAUGGGUAUGCUGAACAUGGAUGCAGCCAAAAGGCAAUUCAUUUAUUCGAGAAGAUUCCCAGUAUUGGUUUAAAACCGGACUAUGUGACUUUCAUUGGGGUUUUGACAGCUUGUAGCCAUGCUGGAUUGGUUGAUCAAGGUUUCCACUACUUUAUGUCAAUGAUUGACGAGUAUCGGAUCAGUCCUUCAAAAGAGCACUAUGGUUGCAUGAUUGAUCUUCUAUGCAGAGCAGGAAGAUUGAGUGAAGCUGAGCUUAUGAUACGAAGCAUGCCUUUCAGUAGUGAUGAUGUUGUGUGGUCUACCUUACUUAGAGCAUGUAGGGUUCAUGGGGACGUUGACAGAGGAAGACGAGCAGCAGAAAAAAUACUUUCUUUGGAUCCGAAUUCUGCAGGAACUCACAUCACCCUGGCUAACAUAUAUGCUGCCAAGGGGAGAUGGGAGGAAGUUGCGUACAUAAGGAAGCUAAUGAAGUCAAAGGGGGUAAUAAAAGAGCCAGGUUGGUCUUGGAUAAAUGUCAAUGAUCACUUACAUUCAUUUGUGUCUGCAGAUCAGUCUCAUCCGCAGAGCGAAGAUAUCAUAGCCAUUCUAAAACUACUAAGUUCAAGAAGAGGAGACUCUUUGCUGGAAACAUGCUCAAGUGAAGAUGUUGAAGAUUAGCAACAGGCUAAAUUUUCUAUCAUUGUGCUUGUGCUACAAUCACAAUUUUUCCAUUAGCAUUCAUUACAUUACAUAGAUUUCAAAUGAUUGUUGGGAAUUGGUUGCCUAACUGCAAUCACAUGAACACUCAAAAUCCAGCUUAUACCAGGUUUCUAUGGAAUUUGAAACUGAGACGUCAUUUAAAUGACUUCAAAGAUAUUUUGAGGGAUGAAAGAAAUUAAUCAAGAGGAAUACUAUCAAUACUAGAAUCAAGCUUUACUAGUUAACUUCGCCUCAAAACCCUUCUUUCUUCGGCACAGGGGACUGAAGAGAAUAGCAAAGUUGGCUUUUACACAAACCACAUUCACAAUUUUGAACUAAUAUUCCAAUUAAGCUUUGGAGCAACGGUUGUAAUUAUCAAGUGUAACUUCAAGGUCAUGGUUCAAGCCGUGAAAACAGCCACCAAUAUAAUUAUCAAGUUAGGUUGUGUACAUUACACCGGUUGGUGCGGUCCUUCCGUAGACCCGGAAUGCAUGUACACCAAACUGUUUUUUUUUUCUCCUUUUUCUUUGCCAUGAAUAUACCCUGUAGAGCAUCAUAAACUACAACAUGCUUAUUUUACUGCUUUAUAAACUAGGGAUGGCAAUUUUCUUUGGCAGGGCAGGUAUCGGCAGGGAUUUACCCAUCAGGGGACGGAUAACGGGGGAUUUUUCUAUUUGUGGGAAUGGAGAACGAGUACCCCUUAAAUAAAUUCCUGUCUUUUGGGUACCCGUAUAUUGGAUUUGAAUCCUUUAAAGUUUAAAUUUUAUUUUAGAGAGUAAAGUAUGAUCUUCUACUCUUGAAUAAUUUCUCUUUCAUAUUUAUUAUUAGUCCCACUUAUGAAAUUAAUGGUGAGAGAUCACUUUCUAAAGUGAAAUUCAAAUUUUAGAGGAUCCAAAUUCCUGUAUAUUACCAUUUAU